UUCUUUUUGUUUUAUUCAGAUGUACCUAAUCAUGUACCUGAUAUAUGUAGUGUAUUCUAAUGUAUAAUUAACCACUCAUCCUUGGUACGCAGUUCAUUUCGCUUCACUGGCACUGACAAAAUCUGUGAGGGUGUCAUGCUUGUCAUGCAGUUUGUGUGUAUUCCAAAUCAUUACUUUUAGAAAGGAAAAAUGUAAACAGACCAAGUUUAAAUUAAUAAUUUAAAAAUGUGUUACAGUUUGUUCAGGUGUCUGGCAUAAAACCUGUUUCAGACGAAUUAUAAAUGAAAACCUCCCCCACCAAUCACAGGUAAGUAUCGACUGAGGUUGUCUUAAAUUUUUUAAGUAAAUGUAAAAUGUCCAUACCUAAAAUGUGUUGUCUCACCAUUUCAGGAGCAACAGCUUUCAAAAUGUUCAGAGGAUGAACUGCUGUCAGAUGAGGAUAGCAUACCACAUUCCAAUGUGGAUCCAAUAUCUGAUGAUGAUCAGGAUCAUUCUGAUGUGGAUUACAUACCAGACUCAGAGUUUCAAGAUGAUGAUGAUGAUGAAGAUUCAGACACAAGUAUACCUUUCAUGCCUAUUCGGUCUAACGGUGGACAGAUUCAGGUAAAACCAGUAAUACCUGAUGCUGGGACAUCUUAUGGGUCAGACACAGGCAUCCCAGUUGUGCCCAGUACAUCAAAAGGUCAAAUGCCCCUUAAAGAAACAUCAGGCUCUGCAAAUUCUAUGAAAACCUUGCCAAAGAAGAAGAAGAAAAAGCUAGAUGAUCAAGCAGAGCCUCACAACCAAGAAUCAACACAUUUGACUAUGAGUACUAAAAAUUACUGUUACAUUUGUGGUCAACCACAAAGCAAAAUUUCUCGCCACUUGAAGACACACACUACACAUGCAGAAGUUGUACAUGUUUUUUCCCUGCCUUACCACUCAAAGGAGCGUAAAAUAUUGUUAGAAAAAAUGAGGAAUAAGGGAAACUUUAGACAUAAUACUGCUGUUUUACAAGGUGGAACAGGCCCGCUGAAAGUAAAGAGAAAACCAAAGGCUAAAGCAGUGGCAGGAAAGUUUGUUCACUGUAUGUACUGUCAAGGGAUGUACCUCCGGAAAGAGCUUUGGAGACUUGCCCGCAGAUGCCCCUGCAAGCCAGAAGAUGGAGAUUUGGAAAAAGAACCUGGGAGGACCAAAGUACUGGGUUUGGCUGUCGCUCAAGAGUCUGCAUCUUGUCACCAGAUCUCAGCUGGAGUUUGGAAGCUCCUUAGUGCCAUGAAACAGGAUGAGGUUGCCUCAGCUGUGAGAAAUGACCUCUCUAUUAUUCAGUUUGCCCAGUCACUCUACAACAGACAUGGACAAGACCCUACAAAGUAUGAAUACAUGCGACAGAAGCUUCGUGAAGUGGGGCGUUUGUUGUUAUGUCUGCGCACAGACUUCUCAGUACAUAACCUGGAGGAGGCUGUUAAACCUGCUAACUUCCAGAGGGUUGUGCAAGCUGUAAAGAAAGUUUCUGGUUUUGAUGAAGAAAAACACUCAUAUGGAACACCAAGCCUUGCAUUGAAAUUGGGGCACACAUUGCACAAAGUUUGUGACAUUAUCCACUGUAGGGCCCUCAUGGCAGAACAUGAAGAACUGAUCAAGUCCACUGACACAUUCAAGAAGUUGUACUCCUCCAAGUGGUCUGAGAUGGUGUCUCACAGUGCCUUGAACACACUGAGUGAUGCAAAGUACAACAAGCCAUCAACUUUACCCUUCACUGAGGAUGUUCGCAUUCUUCACCAGUACCUUGAGAAAUCUGCAGAAAGUGCCUUUUGCAACUUAAAGGAGAAGGCCACGACUCAGAACUAUGCACAACUUGCAAAAGUUACACUUGCACAAAUCAUUGUGUUCAAUCGAAGACGAGCUGAGGAGGUUUCAAAAAUGCGCCUCAAAAGUUUCCAUGAAAGAGACAACACAAAGCUCCAUGAAGAUGUUGCCAUGGGUUUGUCAAAGACUGAACAGAAGCUUUGCAACUAUUUCAGCCGAAUCGAAAUCAUGGGGAAAAGGGGCAGAAAGGUUGCAGUUCUGCUAACACCAAGGAUGGUGGAUGCUCUCUCACUACUGACCAGUCAAAGGACUGAGUGUGGUGUUUGUGCCACAAAUAUCUUCCUGUUUGCAAGACCUAAAUCAAUGACCCAUUACAGAGGGCAGGACUGUUUGCGUGUUCAUGCAAGCCAGUGUGGAGCAAAGCACCCUGAGCAUCUCAGGUCGACACAACUAAGGAAACAUGUUGCAACACUCUCUCAGGUCCUUAAUUUGAAAAACAAUGAACUUGAUCAGGUCGCAGAUUUCCUGGGACACGACAUCCGUGUUCACCGCGACUUCUACAGAUUACCAGUUCCCACAACACAGCUGGCCAAGAUUUCUAAACUGCUUUUAUCAAUGGAGAAAGGACAUCUUUCCAGCAUGCAGGGAAAAUCCCUGGAUGAGAUUGAAAUAGAAGGUGAAAUCGCAUUAAGUGACACUGAGGCCAAAGACAGUGACAGUGAAUCUGAUGGCAGUGGCACAGAAUUCACAGAGUGUGACACUAGUGAGGCUGUGGAUGCUGCAACCGACUCUACAGCUACGGAGCAGGUCCAUGAUGCUGCAGAUUUAGAAGCAGUGUCAUCAGUGACGUCCACAGUGAAUGAGACUGCCCCUCUCUCUGAAAGACAAGAUGCUGGUCAAGACCAUGAGUCCAGAAGAGUGCCAAAGAAAGUGUGGUCUAAGCCUGAGGUUGCUGCAGUUAUGCGGCAUUUCAGAGGUCACAUUUGUAAAGGAAAACUGGCCACCAAAAAUGAAUGUAGUCAUUGCAAGCUGGUAGAAGGCCCUGCAUUAGCACAAAGAACAGUGCAAAAUAUAAGGGACUUUGUCAGAAACAGAGGAAUAGCUGCAAAGAGACAGUCACAGAAAGAGAAGCUAUAAAUCCACAGGGUUCACAGUUGUUCAGUAUGUUAUGGUUAUGUUGAUACCCUAAUAUAUUCAAUAAUGCCACCUCUUAAACAUGGGUCGUUAUAAAUAAGAGAAUAUUUUAGCAUAAAGCUUUUUUUUUUGGAGUUGUGGCUCUUGUGUGGCAGGCUGCUAGUUGCCUGUGGGUUUGGUUUUUGUUGACAAAGUGACUGACUAUGUGUGAGGUAUGUUUUUGUUAAGUGCUCUGACACUUUUUUAUUUUCACACAGUGAUGUUUAUUUCACUAUUUGAUAUGUUGAUACGAUAUACAUAUAUAUAUGGGCAGUAUUCUUACUUAAGAGCAGUUUAUUGAUAAUAAAAUGACUGUCCUGUUAA